GGUCUGCCCAGAGCAGCGAUGGCCGCUGACCCCUGCGGCUCUGGCCGCCUGCUCCUGCUUCUGUGCUGCCUCGCGGCCGCCCAGACCCAAAUGCUGGACUGGUCGUGGCUCCCGGACCCGGGCGGGCUCACGGCUGCACUGGGCCCUGGGGCCCUGGGCGGGGACCCCGAGGGGCCUUCAGCUGACCUCACCACCCCCGCGCCCCUCAAGGACAGUGCCCCCGAGCAGGACCAAGUCCUCACCACCCCUGAGCCAGCCCCUGAAACACAGGACAAGACCCCGGCUGCAAGUCCCAGCAGGAAAGAUGACAGCCUGGCUCUGGUGGGCGGCAAGAUCCUGCACGUUGCUGAGGGCAUCCGGAGCUUCGUCCAGCUGUGGGGAGACAUCCUGCCCACCCCCAUACCCGGCCGAGAGGAGGCACCGCGCCCCAAGCCCCCCGAGGACACCCUCACCCCGCCUGGGCCUGCCGGGAGCCCCCAGAAGGGGCUGAGCCUGCAGCCAAACCCUGGAGGGCUGAGUGCCCUGGACACCCCCAGCAGCCUGUCCAGUUCGGCCGGGCAGCCCACACCCCCCUCCAGGGAGCCCUUGAGACCGCCGCCCGGGUCACCAGGUGCGCCGGUGGCCGAGGUGGGGCUGCUGCAGCUCGUCGGGCAGCCGCUGCCUCCGCAGGUGACAGCCGUGGAGGAUCCUGACGUGGGCCCCGCCCUGGUCUUCGGGCCCGAUGCCAACGUGGGGCAGGCAGCCCGCUCGCACUUCUCUGGCCACUUCUUCCCCGACUUCGCGCUGCUGCUGCGGCUACGGCCAGACUCGGAGCAGGCCGGGGUGCUGUUCGCCGUCACCGACGCUGCGCAGGCCGUGGUGGCUGUGGGCGCCAAGCUGGGCGCCGUCACCACAGGCCACCAGGACGUGCAGCUGCUCUACACGGAGCCGGGCUCCACCAGCACGCGCGUGGCCGCUGCCUUCACCCUGCCCGCCUUCUCCGGCCGCUGGGUGCGCCUGGCGCUGAGCGUGCGCGGGCUCUGGGCCUCGCUCUUCGUGGAUUGCAUGGAGGUGCAGCGCCUGCCACUGGCCCGCGACCCCCAUGGCCUGCAGCUAGAACCCGGUGCCGGCCUCUUUCUGGCACAGGCGGGAGCCGCUGACCCCGACAAGUUCCAGGGGGCGAUCGCAGAGCUGCGGAUCCGCAGGGACCCCCACGUGACCCCCCAGCUCUGCCUGGAGGACGAUGAGGACGACAGUGAUGAUGACGGGGCGUCGGGCGACUCGGGCAGUGGUGUGGAGGAGCACCCAGUGCCUGGCAGUGAGGAUGAGGACUCAUCCCUGGAACCCAGCCUCCCCGACACUCCCCCGGUCACGCCUCCACCCUUGGCCGAAAGCACUGCCAGGGAAGAUUCCAGAACUGAAGAAGUAGAAGAAGAGACAACCGAGUCUUCAGUGGGAGCUCAGGCCCUGCCUGGCGGAACAGAGGCGCCUGUGUGGGACGACGCUGCCCGGAUCUCUGGGGGCCGCCCGGCGGAGGUGAGCAAGGCCACAUUCCAUCCUGAACCCUGGCACCCAGCGGGGCCUCUGGCACUGACGGACCCAGGGCAGCGCCUGCCCCACCUCAGUGGACAGAAGGGGGAGCUGGGCGCUCAGGGCCCCUUGGGUCCUGCUGGCCCAACGCUGCGGACCCCCAACACACAGCCUGUGCCAGGGCCUCAGGGCCCCCCUGGACCUCCGGGGCUGCCAGGCAAGAAUGGCCCCCCUGGGCAGGAUGGUGAGCGGGGAAGCCCUGGUGCAGAUGGAAAACCCGGUGACAUGGGACCUCAGGGCUUUCCAGGAACCCCCGGCCAUGUGGGGCCCAAGGGGGAGAAGGGAGAUCCUGGGAUUGGGGCAAGAGGCCCCCCAGGACCACAAGGACCUCCAGGACCCCCAGGACCGCCUUUCAGGCCUGAUAAGCUGACCUUCAUCGACAUGGAAGGCUCCGGCUUCAGCGGGGACCACGAGAGCUUCCGGGGCCCCAGAGGCUUCCCCGGGCCCCCGGGCCCUCCCGGAGUCCCAGGCCUGCCCGGAGAGCCCGGCCGCUUCGGAGUGAACAGCUCAGUGGUUCCCGGACCUGCAGGCCUGCCCGGGGUACCGGGACGAAGUGGACCCCGCGGGCCCCCUGGCCCUCAGGGACCCCCAGGUCCUCCAGGAAAAGGCGGGCGUCCAGGCACCACGGGUGCAAAAGGCAGCGUGGGUGAGGCAGGCGCCCCAGGAGUCAAGGGAAGCAAGGGGGAUUCUGGCCCCAUGGGCGCACCCGGGACAAAUGGCUUGGCAGGAGCCCCAGGUCCAGCUGGACCACCAGGCCCCCCCGGACCUCCCGGGCCCCCGGGCCCAGCACUGGCUGCAGGUUUUGACGACAUGGAAGGUUCCGGACUGCCCCUCUGGGCCACAGCACGAGGUGCAGACAGCCGGCAGGGAGUGGCCGGCCCGCCUGGAGCCAAGGGAGACCCUGGCCCAGCGGGGACCCCUGGAACCAAGGGAGAGGUCGGAGCCGAGGGCGCCCGUGGGUUUCCUGGCCUUCCGGGCAGAGAGGGUGCGACGGGAGCACGAGGCCUGAAAGGGGACAAAGGCAGCAGAGGAGAGAAGGGCGACCCAGGCAGGGAUGGAGUCGGGCAGCCUGGCCUCCCUGGACCCCCGGGACCCCCGGGGCCGGUCGUCUAUGUGUCGGAACAAGACAAGGCUGUGGCAGCUGUCCCUGGACCUGAGGGCAGACCUGGCUUUGCUGGCUUCCCUGGACCAGCCGGGCCAAAGGGCGACCUGGGCUCCCAAGGCGAACAGGGCCCCCCAGGACCCAAGGGUGAGAAGGGGGAGCCAGGCAUGAUCCUAGGCCCAGAUGGCAGAGCAAUGGCGCCCGCUCAGAAAGGAGCCAAGGGGGAGCCUGGCUUUCGUGGACCUCCGGGUCCCUAUGGACGACCAGGACACAAGGGGGACAUUGGCUUCCCAGGGCGGCCGGGUCGCCCCGGAAUGAACGGCCUGAAGGGGGAGAAGGGAGAGCCAGGAGACGCCAGCGCUGGCUUUGGGCUGCCGGGUCCGCCUGGCCCACAAGGGCCCCCAGGGCCCCCAGGACCCCCCGGAAAGCCUGUGUAUGACAGCAAUGCAUUUGUGGACUCCAGUCGUCCAGGACCCCCAGGCCUGCCAGGCUUCCGGGGUCCUUCAGGACCAAAGGGUGACAAAGGAGAGGUGGGCCCACCCGGAGCCCCAGGCCAGUUCCCGCUUGACCUUCUGCAGCUGGGGGCCCAGAUGAAGGGCGAGAAGGGUGACCGUGGGGACUCGGGGCAGAAAGGGGAGCGUGGUGAACCUGGUGUCGGCGGCGGGUUCUUCGGCUCCGGCAGGCCAGGCCCUCCCGGGCCCCCAGGCUAUCCUGGCAUUCCGGGUCCCAAAGGAGAGAGUGUCCGAGGCCAGCCCGGGCCACCCGGCCCACAGGGCCCACCUGGCAUUGGCUACGAGGGGCGCCAGGGCCCUCCCGGCCCCCCAGGCCCCCCGGGUCCUCCUGGCCCACCGUCAUUUCCUGGGCCCUACAGGCAGACCAUCAGUGUACCCGGUCCUCCCGGCCCUCCAGGUCCUCCCGGCCCCCCUGGACACAUGGGCACCUCCUCAGGGGUCCGCAUCUGGCCCACGUACCAGGCCAUGCUGGACACGGUGCCGGAGGUGCCCGAGGGUUGGCUGCUCUACGUGGCCGAGCGCGAGGAGCUGUUCGUGCGCGUGCGGCGCGGCAUCCGGCGGGUCUUGCUGGAGGCGCGGACCCCACUGCCCCGAGGAGGCCCGGACAGUGAAGUGGCCGCCCCAAGGCCCCCGCUGGUGCAGAUGCAGGAGGGAAACCCGUACCCGCGGCGCGAGGCAGCGCCGUCCACCCUCAGGCCCUGGAGGGCCGACGACAUCCUGGCCAGUGGCCCACGCCUGCUGCCACCACAGUCCUACCCGGGACCCCCGCACCACGGUGCCUACGUGCGGCCCGCACGCCCCACCAGCACACCUGCCCAAUUGCACCUGGACUUUAGGCCGGUGCUGCACCUGGUGGCACUCAACAGCCCGCAGUCUGGCGGCCUUCGGGGCAUCCGUGGAGCCGACUUCCAGUGCUUCCAGCAGGCGCGCGCCGUGGGGCUGAGCGGCACCUUCCGCGCCUUCCUGUCCUCUCGCCUGCAGGACCUGCACAGCAUCGUGCGACGUGCGGACCGGGUGGCUGUGCCCAUCGUCAACCUCAAGGACGAGGUUUUGUUCCCCAGCUGGGAAGCCUUGUUCUCUGGCACCGAAGGCCAGCUGAAGCCUGGGGCCCGCAUCCUCUCCUUUGAUGGCAGAGAUGUCCUGCACCACGCCGCCUGGCCACAGAAGAGCAUAUGGCACGGCUCGGACCCCAGCGGCCGGCGGCUGACUGAGAGCUACUGUGAGACUUGGCGGACGGAGGCGGCGGGCGCAGCUGGCCAGGCGUCCCCGCUGCAGACGGGCAGGCUGCUGGGGCAGAAGACCACGGGCUGCCACAGUGCCCUGAUUGUCCUCUGCAUUGAGAACAGUGUCACGACUGCUGCCUUCCAAUAGACCCUUCGGGCAGGCCCGG